AUGAAUGCGUGUAAAAUUACUGUGAAAACGGUCGUAUCUACACCAAGUAGCUCAAAAAGUGACAACAAAACUUACGACAAGUUUAAGACUACGUUUAAUGUGGCCAGUAGUCGCCUUGUCCAGAAACCUGAUUUUAUCCGCUUUUCUGAGCUUGUAAACUAUAUAGAUUUAAAAACCAUCAGAGGCGGCUACAACAAAGUUUUUGCAGAACUCAACAAAGAGUUCGAUGCCGAAAUUGAUCAUUCUUCAACGGCAGCUGAAGAAUAUACAAGCGAUACAGGCGGCAGAUCUAGUAACACUUUUCCAGAGACGAAAGAUGAAACAAUUUGCAUACAGAAAACACUUUAUGAAGAUGUCUAUAAUAAAGCAUUACAGCCAAUUCAAAAAGGUGUUUUUAGACGUAAGCUUCAUUCCAAUCUGGAUGUAUUACGUAAAACGUGGGAUUCCGUUUACGGAACGCUUUCGAAGGAUCACUCACUCUUCCGUAUUAUUGACACCCAUACGCAUAUCAUACGCCCCUUCUUUUCUGCUAUAUACCUUUCACCCUCAAGUCCUUCCGCUUCCCACGAUGGUUCAUAUGGCACUUUCAAUCCUAUCCCCUCCUCCCAAUCAAAAUUCCCGCCAAUCAGUCCCACGCAUGUCACCUUUCCGAUGAAAGUCCUUCUGAUCUUUGAUCUUGUCCACUUGCACCCGCAAAAUGUGGGUUUGGACUAUGAGAUUGAACAGCAUGUUUUAAAUGGCAUGCUUGUCGCGGUUUGGGAAGCACACUGGCGAACAAUAUUUGAUGAUGUGCCUUUCGCCCCUGCCAAUGUAAGUGCCUCUGUGAACACAUAG